CGUUUCAUUUGUUUUCAUUGACUGAUAUCAAACCCCAAAACCUCUGCAUCUCAACGAUCCUUCCCAAACACAUAGCAGGGCAGGGUUUUACCAAAAACCCUAACGGAACAAUUCCAACACCAUGGCUCGAUCGGCUCGAUCCUCUGCGACGCGUCUAAUCUACACCCUCUACUCCUCCCACAAAACGACACCACCUUCAUCCCCAACUCCACUAACCGCGGCCCUCCUCUCCGGGAGCUUCCACCUCCGCCACUUCUCCGCCGGCAGCGCCGCCCGAGUGAAAGAUGAGAAAGAAUCAUGGUGGAAAGAGUCGAUGGAAAAGCUCCGAAACAUCGGAAUUUCGGCGCAUAUCGAUUCGGGAAAGACGACUUUAACGGAGAGAAUAUUGUAUUAUACUGGAAGGAUUCAUGAGAUUCAUGAGGUUAGAGGGAGGGAUGGUGUGGGGGCGAAAAUGGAUUCAAUGGAUUUGGAGAGAGAAAAGGGGAUUACUAUACAGUCGGCUGCUACUUACUGUACUUGGAAUGAUUACCAGGUGAAUAUAAUUGACACUCCGGGCCAUGUUGAUUUCACCAUUGAAGUUGAGAGGGCUUUGCGUGUUCUUGAUGGUGCCAUUCUUGUUCUUUGUAGUGUUGGUGGUGUGCAAAGUCAAUCAAUUACUGUUGAUAGGCAGAUGAGAAGAUAUGAGGUUCCAAGACUUGCUUUCAUUAACAAGCUUGAUCGAAUGGGGGCAGAUCCAUGGAAAGUUCUCAACCAGGCAAGAUCCAAGCUUCGACAUCACUGUGCUGCUGUACAAGUACCAAUUGGGUUGGAGGACGACUUCCAGGGUCUUGUUGAUCUUGUGCAUUUAAAAGCUUACUACUUUCAUGGUUCCAGUGGAGAAAAAGUUGUGACUGAAGAAAUACCUGCCAAUAUGGAAAAAAUGGCUGCUGAAAAGCGGCAUGAACUUAUUGAAGUGGUUUCCGAGGUUGACGAUAAACUUGCUGAAGCAUUUCUCAAUGACGAGUCUAUUUCAUCCACAGACCUAGAGGAGGCGAUUCGUAGAGCUACUAUAGCAAGAAAAUUUAUACCUGUAUUCAUGGGUAGUGCAUUUAAGAACAAGGGAGUGCAACCGCUUCUGAAUGGUGUUCUUAGUUUUCUGCCUUGUCCAAUCGAAGUUAGUAACUAUGCUCUUGACCAAAACAAAAAGGAAGAGAAGGUUAUGUUAUCUGGAAGUCCAGCUGGACCAUUGGUUGCAUUGGCUUUUAAGUUAGAAGAGGGGCGUUUUGGUCAGUUGACGUAUUUAAGAAUCUAUGAAGGUGUUAUUCGAAAGGGAGAUUUUAUCAUCAACAUAAACACCGGCAAGAAGAUUAAGGUUCCUCGUUUAGUUCGGAUGCAUUCAGAUGAGAUGGAGGACAUUCAAGAGGCGCAUGCUGGGCAAAUAGUAGCUGUAUUUGGUAUAGAUUGUGCUUCAGGAGAUACUUUUACUGACGGAUCAGUCAGAUACACAAUGACUUCAAUGAACGUGCCUGAGCCAGUGAUGUCCUUAGCUGUUUCACCCGUUUCUAAAGAUUCUGGAGGACAAUUUUCAAAAGCUUUGAAUCGAUUUCAGCGAGAAGAUCCUACUUUCCGUGUUGGUUUAGAUGCUGAAAGUGGUCAGACAAUUAUUUCCGGAAUGGGAGAGCUGCAUUUGGACAUAUAUGUUGAGCGUAUUCGAAGGGAGUACAAGGUUGAUGCAACGGUGGGAAGGCCUCGUGUUAACUUCAGAGAAACUGUUACUCAACGCGCCGAAUUUGACUAUUUACAUAAGAAGCAAACCGGAGGACAAGGUCAAUAUGGAAGGGUAUGUGGUUAUGUUGAGCCACUUCCUGUGGGAUCGUCGACAAAGUUUGAAUUUGAGAACAUGAUCGUUGGGCAAGCUAUACCAUCAGGUUUUAUCCCAGCAAUUGAGAAAGGUUUCAAAGAAGCUGCCAAUUCGGGUUCAUUAAUCGGUUAUCCAGUUGAAAAUGUUCAUAUUGUUUUAACAGAUGGUGCAUCCCACGCUGUGGAUUCUAGUGAACUUGCAUUCAAGUUAGCUGCAAUAUAUGCGUUUAGACAGUGUUAUGGACGGGCAAAACCUGUUAUAUUGGAACCUAUAAUGCUGGUGGAAUUGAAGGUACCAACAGAAUUUCAGGGCACUGUUACCGGUGAUAUCAACAAGAGAAAAGGUGUGAUUAUUGGGAAUGACCAGGAAGGUGAUGACUCUGUAGUAACUGCCCAUGUCCCUCUCAACAAUAUGUUUGGAUAUUCAACCGCACUUCGUUCAAUGACACAGGGGAAAGGUGAAUUCACAAUGGAAUACAAAGAGCAUUCACCAGUUUCUAAUGAUGUCCAGAUGCAAUUGAUAAACACACACAAUGCCAACAAGGGAACUGAAUAGUAGAGGUGAUUUUGAAGUAUCCACCCAUUUUUAUUCUGUGAGAACGCCUCGUACCAUUUUGUGUUUCCGUUCCCAAUUUUUUUUUACGGUAUGGUGAUAUUUAUUGUAGCCAAAAAAGUGGGUGAUUAAUUUUGAGAAGCCUGAAUAAAAGUUUAUGAUUGAUGACGAAGAGAUGUAUGAAACGACAGUACCUUCGUUUAAAAGACCUGUACUAUAUCUGAGCUUUUGUUCAUUAGGGUAAAUUACAAUAGCAGCUGUUCUGGUUUCUCAAGUUUUGAUUGUAUACUAUACCCUGUUUUUGAAGUUAUAAACUCUCACUAACUAUUUAAAAGAGAAUGUAU